ACAACCACAAAUGCUGCACCAACCACCUCCACUGCUGGAUCAACCACAACAACUGCAGCACCAACAACAACAACUGCAGCACCCUCAACCACAACUGCAACAGCAACAACCAUAACCACAGCAUCAACCACAACCACUGCACCAACCACAACAUCUACAGCACCAACAGCCACAUCUGCUGCACCAACCACCUCCGCUGCUGGAUCAACCACAACAACUGCAGCACCAACAACCACAUCUGCUGCACCAACCACCACAACAACAACCACAAAUGCUGCACCAACCACCUCCACUGCUGGAUCAACCACAACAACUGCAGCACCAACAACCACAACUUCUGCACCAACCACCACAACCACAGCACCAACCACAACUGCUGCACCAACUACAACCACAACAGCUGCACCAACCACCACAACAACAACCACAUCUGCUGCAACAACAAGAAAAACAUCUGCUGCACCAACCUCAACAACCACAGCACCAACCACCACAACUGGAGCACAAACCUCCACAUCUAACCAACCACCAACAACUACAACCACAGCAUCAACCACUACUGCAGCACCAAAAACCACAACCACAGCAUCAACCACAACUGCAGCACCAAAUACCUCCACUGCUGGAUCAACCACAACAACUGUAGCACCAACAACCACAAGUGCUGCACCAACAACCACCACCAUAGCAUCAACCACAACUGCUGCACCAACUACAACCACAUCUGCAGCAAUCACAACAACCAGAGCACAAACCAGCACAACUGCAUCACCAACCACCGCAACUGCAGCACCCACAACCACAAAUAUAGUAUCAAUCACAACUGCUGCACCAACUACAACCACAACCACUGCACCAACCACAACAUCUACAGCACCAAUAACCACAACUGCUGCUAAAACCACAACAGUUGCAGCACCAAUAACCACAACCACAGCAUCAACCACAUCUACUGCACCAACGACCACAUCUGCUGCACCAACCACCACAACUGGAGCUCAAACCUCCACAACCGCAGCACCAAUCACCACAACUGCUGCACCAACAACCACCACCACAGCAUCAACCACAACUGCUGCACCAACUACAACCACAUCUGCAGCAAUCACAACAACCAGAGCACAAACCAGCACAACUGCAUCACCAACCACCGCAACUGCAGCAUCCACAACCACAAAUAUAGCAUCAAUCACAACUGCUGCACCAACGACCACAUCUGCUGCACCAACCACCACAACCACAGCACCAACCACCACAACUGGAGCUCAAACCUCCACAACCGCAGCACCAAUCACCACAACUGCUGCACCAACAACCACAUCUAUCCAACCACCAACAACCACAAACACAGCAUCAACCACAAAUGCAUCACUAAUCACCACAACUGCAGCAGAGGAAGACGCGCUGAAUCCGUGCACGGCCAGAGUCAAUUGGACCUGGAAAGGAAAACCCAGGAAGCAAAUUCUUCGCUGGGCCAGCAACGUAUCCGACUUUGUCUGCCAACGGCGGAGUGACGAGAUCCGACUGGACAACCCGAAAACUACAGAAACGUAG